AUGAGCGAGCUUUAUAAGGAGGCGGCGUCGCUGCUAUACAAACUAGAGCUGCGUCAAGGUGGACUCAAGAGCCUAGCUUACGACGAGUCUACACUACAUAAGCGUAGCUCAUUUGCGCUGGUAUGUGAAACGCUGCGAUACAAACCGCUGCUAUGUGAACUGCUGGCAGUCGUGCCGGAGUGCCACAAGGCGCUCAAAAUGCGCAAAAUUUCAAAGGAGACCUCUUCGCUCAUUUUUGUAGCCCUGUACGACCUCUUAUUUGGUCGGAAAAUCAUUCAGGGUGGUGGCUUCGUUAAGAAAGCGCUUCUACAGCACCAGACAAGUUUACGCGCGGCGCUAGCAAGACUGAAGAUUAAGCACAAGGUGACGUCUAACGAGGCACUUUUGCCUCCCGAAAAUCGCCAGCACCACUUAGCCUUGCCUCGUUACGUGCGCGUUAAUACUUUGCUGGCCUCAAGUGAAGAGGUUGAUGUAUUUAAGCGCGAGUACGACGUCAAACCAGACCGAAACGUGCGCGAUCUGCUGGUGCUACCAUCUGGCACGGAGCUACACGAGCAUGCUAUGGUCAAGAGCGGUAAACUCGUGUUGCAGGAUAAGGCCAGCUGCUUCCCCGCUUUUGUGCUGCAUGGAGAGCAUGUAGAUAGCGAAGGCAAGCAGGGCGAUGUGAUAGACGCUUGCGCCGCGCCUGGCAAUAAGACGAGUCAUCUUGCUAUGCUGUUGCAGCAACAAGACGAAGACGGAAUUAAUGACACUAAACUUCAGCGGAGAGUUUUUGCGUUCGACCGAUCCCCUAAACGACUUGCACUUCUGAAGCGUCGUAUGGAGCUGGCAGGUGCUAGUGCUCGGGUUCAAGCUGAGCUUCAGAGCUUUCUGGAGGUGUCGGUAGACCACGAGAUGUACCGCAACGUGCGCAGCAUUUUGUUAGAUCCGUCUUGUUCUGGCUCAGGCAUGACAAACCGUCUGGAUCACUUGCUAGACAUUGCUAGCUCACGUAAUACAGCGCUGGAAGAAAACGUAGAUACCGUAUUCGAGAAAAAGACAGCUAAACGUCUUGAAACUCUUGCAGAUUUUCAACUAAAGGCAUUGCGCAAGGCGUUUUCGUUUCCGCAGGUAGAACGUGUCGUGUAUUCGACCUGUUCGGUUUUUCAGAAAGAGAAUGAGGAAGUCGUUGCUGCAGCAUUGAAGUCAGAGGAGAACAUUUGUGCAGUACGUCCAUUUGUAUUAAAGCCUGCCCUUACUUCAUGGCCUCGUCGAGGUCUUGAAGUUGCAGGUUUGUCGGCUGAGGAGGCCAAGGCUCUUGUGCGUGCAAAUGGACUUGAAGACUUUACAAAUGGUUUCUUUGUCGCAUACUUUGAACGGAGGGAUCGAGUCAAUGGUGAUGACGAAGCGAGAGAAAGAAUUAUGAAGAACAGAAGAUCAGAAUUUCCAUCAAGUGAGACUUUUUUAUCACAAAAUCUAAGUUUGGCAAAACGUGAAAUAUUCCAAGCGGAUAAAAAACGCAAGCUUUUGUCUGUUACCCAAAGGGAGAACCGCAAGCGUCGGAAACACAAGAAGCGCAAAAACAAAAAAUGUCAAUCUUGA